UGAUCCCCAAUCCCAAUUUUCUGAUUUUGUUUCUUUUUCUGCGACAUGUGCACUGUGGUCUCCUAUCCCUGAUUACCGAGCGAUGGACCGUGACGCUAGUAUGAGCACUACAAGCAGCAUCGCGGGCUCCUCCACCACCAACGACAUCAUCCACCGUGCCACGGCGAGUGCGACGACCGCGCCAGUCACACGCACCGUCAUUUGGCAGCGACCUGGCCCCGGUGUCGGCAGCACCGAUCGCCGUCGGGCCGAAAUGAGGCAGAGUAUGUACGAGGACCUGGCAGCCUACGGCAGUGUGGAGGGCGGACUGGAUCCCCGUCAGUUGGCCAGCGAGCUGGAGACGUUGUGCUAUUUAGAAGCCAGACGUCUGAAUUUGAUCUUCGUCCACCGUCUUCACCUUGUUCAUCAGAUCAGGGAAAACAGUGGCAGUCGGAAGCUGGCUUUAGAUCUUCUCCUGGGCAACAUGAGUUGCCAACAGUUUGCUACGUACGAGAAUAACGGAAGUUCUGACCUGACCAGGACAGUGUCAAAGGGCGCGCCAUAUUACUCCUACAUUUGUUGUCAAGUGCAGUCUACCGAGUACCCGGACUACUGGCGCAACAUUCAACUGCCUGAAAAGCUGGCGCAUCGAUUCUUCGACUGAAAAGCGCGAGCCACCGUCCUACCUUGCUCAACUUUGGACCGGAGUAUCUAAACAGUAUCUCGCUUGCAGUCAACCAGCUGUCUCCCAGACGUUCGCGAAGCACUGCGCUUGGCAUUUUUUUGUUAAAUGAUUACUGGUCAGACUACAGAGUGGACCAGUUUAUUUUUUCUUGCCGGAAAGUAAACACCGUGCAAAGGGCUAGCAUGUUUUGUUUCGCGUGCGGUAUGAGAAGUGUAAAGGGAAGAAAUUAGUCGACGGUUAGUGCCACUCCUGUGAUUAUCAGCAUUGCCGCGACGCACGGCAGCGAUGUCCAGCUCCAACCUGAUCAGCGCGGCGGAGUUCGACCGGACCGGUUCGACCGGAGUAGUCCCCUUUCCUGCUGCAGGCUGUCCAAGAAGCGGACAUCGGCAGUCGCGCGGAACUGGCGCUCUUCCCGGCCAACAUCUACCACGAGAGCGAGGGCCUGCAGUACGUCGCCGAGAUCGGCGGGUGCGCCGGCAAGGGCUACGAGGGCGGCGACUGCUACUACGGCCGCGGCUACAUUCAGCAGACGCACAUCUACAAUUACCGCGACGCCUCGCAGGCCAUCUUCGGCGACAGGACGGAACGGAAACGGUUGCGCCCGCGGGCGGUAGUGCUAGCGGACAGAAUCCGGGCGGCAAUACCAGUCGCCAGAGUCCGACCGGCGGGGAGACGACGUAUGUAGUAAAACCUGAGGAUUCUCUGUGGGAAAUCGGGCCGAAAUUCGGGACGACGUUCCAGCAGAUCGCCAGCCACCAUAACAUCCCUGCAGCAUACACACCACCACCCGACGCUGAUCCAUCCCGGGAUGAAGUUUGCAAUCUGGGGCAGUCCGACCGCCACCAGAAGUGUGCCGCCUACAUGGAGCGGACACCCUAACGCCGGCGGUCGGGAGAAGAUCCAGGUGGUGCAGCCGGGAGAUACCCUGUACGCCAUCGGGCAGAACUACGGGGUCGAUUUCCUGAAGAUCGCCGCCGACAACCAGAUCGCCGAUCCCAGUGUCAUGUUCCCGGUGAUGAAACUUCGCAUCGGCGACGGUCCGGCGGCACAGGGAAUCACGCCAGUCGGCGGUGGAAACGAUGGGCGCCUCCCGGUGCUGGCCCGCGCUCAAGCUCUGACUCUGACCGCUCAAACUCUGACUCUGACUACUCAAAGUCUGGCUCUGACUGAAUAACCUAAGAAUAACUUAAGAAACCUAAGAAACCUAAGAAACCUAUUAAGAAACCUAAGAAACCUUCAGAGUCAGAGUCAGACUUUGAGCGGUCAGAGUCCGACUUUGAGUAGUCAGAGUCAGAGUUUGAGUGGUCAGAAUCAGAGUCAGAGUCAGAGUUGGAGUCUAGGCCUCAGGUAAACGGGAACGCGUAUUACGUGAAAUGUCGUCAUAUUCGCCUUUUUGAUUUUGUGAUCCAUGAUUUUCUGCGUUUCCGACGCGUUGCAGUUUCGGUAAGUUGCCGAG